CCUGCAGGCAUUUACAUAUCCAUUGAUCUCGACUCGAGGACACACUGGAAAUCAUCCAUCGGAGUCUUAUUAUCUGACAAAUCUGUGACAUGGGGAGAUACUCUGACCGCGUAAAGUCCGUGGAAACUUUCGCGAUUCGAGAACUGAUUAUCGGUGUACAGGUCAUCACACGCGUCACCUGCAGUAUCAGUGGAGAUCAGGGCGUCCUAUGAGGUUGACCGAAUGCUAGGCAAUGGAGAAAUCAUCGGCAAAUUUCAAACGUCGUGGGAUGAGCUACUCGAUCGUGGUGAUGAGCCAUUCGAACUGUCCUUCCCGCCUGUUCAUGAUGUCCACCCUUCCCUCACGCUGAAGGCCGCUGUUGUACAUGCUUGCGACAAUCAGAACGGCACACUUUUUGAUUCCCUCAUAGACUGCGAGAUCGCUCGGGAAACAGAUGCGGGUCAUGUACGACUCGCCAGAUACAUGAGACGCAAGAGGGUCUCUUACCUGAACAAAGCUGUAGAACGUUUUCAGUUGGUUCUAGACCGCUGCCCGGUCGGCCAUCCUGGCCAUGCAGCGGCUCUCACCAACCUAGCUUACGCACGUCUUCGAGGGUAUAUUCUCAACGAUCUUCAAGACAUUAACUCUACGACUUCUCUCUUCCGCGACGCCCUUACCUUGCGUCCUCAGGGCCACCCAGAUCAUGCAUUAUCUCUCUGCCAACUCAUUAUAGCAUUGCACUGGCACCACAGUAGGGAGCCUACUGCUGUCUACAUUCGCGAAUCUGCGCAGCUGUGCAGCAAGCUACUGCCCCUCUGUCCAGAGGGUACCUACCUUCGUAGCACAGGCGUAGACCGUGGUAUCGAUUUUGUGGUCCACAGUCUUUCAGUAGACUCAUCUGAUGAAGGCAUCCACUUUCAACGAGUCGUACUCGAGCUCUGUCCUCUGGGCCAUCAAAACCGUCCAAGCGCUCUCAAAAUCCUUUCUCAGUCAUUAUCCACACGCUUUCUACGACGGGGUAGCAUUGACGAUAUCGAUGAGAGCAUACAACUUGGUCGUGAAGCCAUUUCUCUGCUCUCCGAGGGACACCUUCAGCGUGGUGACUAUUUGAAUGAGUUGGCCGUCUCACUCGACUACCGCUUCGAUCACCAAGGCAAAUCACAUGACCUCAAUGAGUCUAUCUCUUUGUGCGAAGAAGCACUACUCCUGUACCGCCCUGUUGGGCACGAAUCUCGUGAUAUUUCAUUGAACAACUUAGGGGGCGCUCUCUUCACCCGUUUUACCAAAUACGGUAACAUUGAUGACAUCAAGCGAGCUAUCAGCCUCCGCCGCGAAGCACUGGCGUUGCGCCCACUGGGGCAUCCACGUCGCGGCACCACACUUUCCAACCUCGCGAUCUCACUCAACGCCAAAUAUGGAAAAUUGCAUGUCAGCGAGGAUUUUAACGAGGCUAUCGAUCUGCAUCGCGAAGCGCUUCGGUUGCAGGGGCAUGGCCAUCCAAAUUUCCAUAUAACUCUGUUCAAUUUGAGCUCCGCGCUCAGAUCUCGUUUUACGCAAACUCUGGAGAAUGAAGAUGUCGAGGAGGCCAUUCGACUCUGCCAAGAGUCAUUGGAGGCUCUGCCUUCACUGCACCCAGACAGAUGGUUCAGUUACAGAUGGCUGAAAGAAGCCUAUUUGGUUCGUUACCGGGCGCAAUAUAACUCUGCUGAUUUGUCACUCGCUGUGGAGAACUUCAGACUGGCAUCGCGACACCCUACUCAAGGCUUUCCACAUCGCAUUUCGACCACUUUGCGGUGGGUUGAUGCAGCUGAGAUUCAUCAACAUGACUCUGCCCUCGAAGCAUACCAAAUUUGCUUGGAGCUUUUCGACAAUCAUGUGAUGACACGAUCAUCAAUCAUCUCGCGGCGCGAGGCUGCAACUGCUUUUCACGGUGCGCAGUCACUGCCAGUAGAUGCAGCAUCGUGCGCCAUACGCCAUGAUAAUCCCAAACACGCAGUCGAACUCGCAGAGCAGGGUCGUGGCCAACAGUGGUCAUUGGCCUCUCGCCUGAGGACUCCACUCGAAGACCUCGAGUCCACAAAUCCAAUCCUAGCCAACAAGCUCUCGGAGCUCAGGAAAUGUCUUUCGGACGCUCAGGGUUCCGCCGGCAGCAUAGACAGAGCUGCUGCUGAUCGGGCAGCAAUAGAGUACAGGAAACUUACGGAACAAUGGGACGCUGUGGUAGCUGAGAUACAUAAUUGUCAAGGUUUCUCACGAUUCCUGCUCCCACCAUCGUACACAGAUUUGCAAGCGGCAGCACGUCAGGGCCCAGUUAUCAUCCUCGUUGCGAGUAAAUACUUAUGCAGCGCCAUCAUUGUACCGACAUCAGGGGACCCCUAUCAUGUUCCCUUACCGUCUAUUGUUCUCGCAGAUCUGGAGAAUCUCAAGGAUCGCUUCGCCAGGGCGAUACCGCAAGCAUGUAAGAUGGGCCCAACGGAAUCGAGGGCGGACCUAAUAGUACACUUGCGGGCAGUAUGGGAUGACAUCAUGCUACCCAUCGUUGACGUACUCGAGCAUGCCCUCGAAUUAAAGCACGGGUCUCGAAUCUGGCUGUGUCCAACUGCAACAUUCACAUCCAUUCCUCUCCACGCAGCUCACCCCUUUCGAACGAAGGCAGAUCGCUCUGGGAAGGAGCCAUGCCUGGAAGAUCUCUACAUCUGCUCUUACACGCCGACUCUUUCGGCUCUGAUCAGAUCUAGACAGUUGAUGAAGACACGUGCGACUCCGUCUUUCGUGGCGGUCGGGCAAGGUCAACCGGGUGGCGGGAAAGGCAAGGCGCUCUUAGCUGUGGACAGCGAGCUCGAACUUGUCCGGAAGCUCGUCCCCGCGAUAGCUAAUCAUACUUCUAUUUCCGGCGAAGCAGCUACACGAGCAGGUGCACUCAAAGCUUUAGAACAGAACACCUGGGUUCACCUUGCCUGUCAUGGCAAGCAGGACCACGACCAGCCUUACAAUUCUCAUUUCGUCAUGAGAGAUGAAUCUUUGACGCUGCUUGAUAUUAUGGAGGAAGACAUUCCGCACGCUGAAUUCGCAUUCUUGUCGGCGUGUCAUACUGCCGUCGGCGAUAAGGAGACACCCGACGAAGUCAUCCACCUCGCAGCUGGACUGCAGUUUUCCGGUUUCAAGAGCGUCGUUGGCACGCUAUGGGAGGUCGAUGACGCUGUCGCAAAACAUAUUGUUGAAGCUUUCUACGAGAAUAUAUUCAAGAGUUUGGAGGAUGGUGGUAUUAUGGACUAUACGAAGGCAGCCUGGGCACUCAACCGUGCUACUCACGCUGUGAAGACGAAAGUGCCGCUCGAGCAGAGAAUGGUUUUUAUUCACAUUGGCGUGUAGUUUUACCAUGUUGUAUUACUUCUGUUUUGUACAGAUUUACGAGUCGUUAAUGAUGGAUUCUUCAUCCCGGUGUACAUGAAGUUCGUGGUGUUGUCGGGCGAUGGGAACGAGCCACCAG